UCUUUAGUUCUUAUUUCGAAAUAUAAUUAUGACCCCACCAACCUUCUCUUCGUCGUCCCAAUUCUUUCACUCUUUUCAAAUCUGCCAUUAAUUACCCUAUCGAAGCUUUAAGGCUUUUACAAUAAACGCGAAUUUCAAAUCAUAUUUCUCCUCAGUUCAAUGCCCACCCUACCUUAGAUAAUGGGCAAAAAACUUAAAUUUCCUUUUCUUUUCAAAGCCACCGAAACCACCGCCACCAGUUCUUCAUGGCCAUGGCCAACUUGUGUCAACAACCCAAAAACCCUUUCUUUCCGAGCCAACAACAAUGAGAUAUUCAAGACUAUGAAUUCUGCCUACCUCGACAAAACCGCAAUUGAAGAAAUUCUUGACACUCCGGAUUCAGCUUUUAGCAUUAGCAACUCUCAUGAUGAAAGUUUUUCAAUUGCAUCAAGAAAUGAUGAUUCGAAUAUCGAGAGGGUGAUUCGAGAUUUAAGAUCAGAUAGGUUGUUUUUUGAGCCUGCAGAGACUAGUUCAAUCCUGGAAGAAGCCAAAACUGAUGAAUCUUUUCCUUAUAAAGAAAGUGCAGUAAUGGCUAUGGAAUCCAGGGAUCCCUCUGUGGAUUUCAGAUUAUCAAUGGAGGAAAUGGUGGAGGCCUAUGGAUUGAAGAAUUGGGAAUUUCUUGAAGAACUUUUAACUUGCUAUUUGAGAGUUAAUUCCAAGAAAAAUCAUGGGUAUAUUGUUGGAGCUUUUGUUGAUUUAUUGGUUCAUCUUGAAUUCUUGGCCUCAAAUUCUUCAACUUCUUCCACAGACCAUGAGCACUGUUCUUCUUCUUCUGCUGCCACACAAUAUUCUUUCACUUCUCCUUUUUCAUUUUCUUCUUCUACUAAUUCAUUCACUAGUCCUUGUUUAUCUUCCUUGGAAAAUGAAGAUCAGAUCACCGAGAAAAAUGUUGGCACCUCUUCAUCUGAAUUAGUCAUUAUUCAGCACGCGUCCAGUUCAAACACAAUCUUGCCUCUAGAUGUUUGAUUGUUUGAAAAUUUUAAGGAAAAACUGUAGAGAAUUAGUUGAAGAUGACAGUUUUUUGAUUUUUGUUAUGAAAAUUACUGUUCCCAGAAAUUGAUAACAAUGUUUUUUUGCUCUAUCAGGAAAUUCUUUGUCUGUCUUGUGCUGAUUGCUAGAACACAUCUACUUCUUCCAUGCUUGAUACAGUUUUCUGAUUUAACAGUGCAAAAAUAAGUCACUGUAAUAA